GUUCCGAAAUCUUUGCUCAUCCGUCCCUUUUGAAAUAAAAAAAAAAUGCAUAACACUCCCCUCCUCCCUUCCCUACUCUCCUACCACUAACAAAUCAUUUCUCUUUCUCUCUCCCUUUCUCUCUCUCUCUCACUCUCUCCCAUUUUCUCUCCGCCGGAAUAUCCGGAUGGACGUCCGCCGGAUACCUCCUAAACCUUCCCUCCCUGAAAACCACCAACACCAACACCAACACCACCGCCGUCUCCACCAAAAGAAAUCAUCGUCCUCCUCCUCCUCCUCCUCAUCCCCAAAAGCCUCUGAUGCCUUACCUCUCCCUCUAUACCUGACCAACGGCAUUUUCUUCACGCUCUUCUUCUCUGUGGCCUACUACCUCCUCCACCGUUGGCGCGAUAAGAUCCGGUCCUCCACCCCUCUCCACGUCGUCACUCUCUCCGAACUCGCCGCCAUCGCCUCCCUCGUCGCUUCCUUCAUCUACCUCCUCGGUUUCUUCGGCAUUGGUUUCGUCCAAUCCUUCAUCACCCGUGCUUCUCACGACGCCUGGGACGUCGACGACGACCGCUUCAUCCUCGAAGAAGAUCGCCGCCUCCUUCCUUGUUCCUCCUCUUCCGUUGUUGAUUGCGCCGCCCCCCCUCCUGUGCCCAAACUGAUGGAUCCGCUGCCUGUGCUUUCGGAUGAAGAAAUCGUCAAAUCGGUGGUUUCUGGUUCGAUUCCUUCCUAUUCGCUCGAAUCAAAACUCGGCGAUUGUUACCGUGCGGCGUCGAUUCGACGCGAGGCGGUGCAGAGGCUCACAGGGAGGUCUCUAGUUGGGUUGCCGUUGGAUGGAUUCGAUUACGAUUCCAUUUUGGGGCAGUGUUGUGAAAUGCCAGUCGGUUUUGUGCAAAUUCCGGUGGGCAUUGCGGGGCCUUUGUUGCUCAACGGUUGCGAAUACUUGGUGCCAAUGGCAACAACCGAGGGAUGUUUGGUGGCGAGUACGAACCGAGGUUGCAAGGCGAUAUAUGCUUGUGGUGGUGCUACAGGCAUUCUUUUGAGAGAUGGAAUGACAAGAGCUCCUGUUGUCAGGUUUUCCACGGCGAAGAGAGCUACGGAUUUGAAGUUCUUCUUGGAAGAUCCUCUUAAUUUCGAUACAUUGUCCUUGUUUUUUAACAAAUCGAGCAGAUUUGCAAGGCUCCAAGGCAUUCACUGUUCUAUUGCGGGGAAAAACCUUUACAUAAGAUUUAGCUGCAGCACAGGGGAUGCGAUGGGGAUGAACAUGGUAUCCAAAGGUGUUCAGAAUGUUUUAGAUUUCCUUCAAAAUGAUUUUCCAGACAUGGAUGUAAUCGGCAUCUCUGGGAACUUUUGUUCAGACAAGAAGCCAGCUGCAGUUAAUUGGAUCGAAGGGCGUGGAAAGUCAGUUGUUUGUGAGGCAAUCAUCACUGAAGAGGUAGUUAGGAAGGUAUUGAAAACCACCGUACCUUCACUCGUAGAGCUUAACAUGCUUAAGAAUCUUGCUGGAUCUGCUGUUGCUGGUGCUCUUGGUGGUUUCAAUGCCCAUGCUGCCAAUAUAGUCUCUGCAAUUUUCAUAGCCACUGGACAGGAUCCAGCACAGAAUAUCGAGAGUUCCCACUGUAUAACUAUGAUGGAAGCUGUCAAUGACGGGAAGGAUCUUCACAUUUCAGUGACCAUGCCUUCCAUCGAGGUGGGCACAGUUGGAGGUGGGACUCAACUUGCAUCUCAAUCGGCUUGCCUGAACCUUCUUGGUGUGAAAGGUGCAAGCAAGGAGUCCCCAGGAUCGAACUCAAGGCUUUUAGCAACCAUAGUAGCUGGUUCAGUUUUGGCAGGGGAGCUCUCCUUGAUGUCCGCCAUUGCAGCUGGGCAGCUUGUCAAGAGCCACAUGAAAUACAACAGAUCAAGCAAAGAUGUCUCAAAAAUUGCCUCUUAAGAGGAAAGAAGAAGGUUAAACAUUCAAAGAGGCUGAGAAGGCAAAAUUGGGGAAGAGGAACGAUACCCAUGUGAGAUCGCUUCUUGAUGUAGCUGUAAAGGUGGCAACCAUGCGAUGGUGCUAACUUGCCUGGUUGUACUUUACUCUUUAUCUAUAUCUCUAAGCAUGACAUACAUUCCCUAGUGACUUGUGACCAUUGGAGGCCCCACACAUCUGGUUUGUAUCGCUUUCCAAUUGUGAAUUUGAAGCUUGUCCUGUUUUCUAGUUGUUUCUGUCAUAUUAUUUGUCCUUGGGGGGCCACAUUGUUUCAGAGCUGGAUCAAUUGUUGUUUCUUCCCCUAUUACUUUGUACAUUCUCAGAACUUGAAUUUGAUGAUGGAUAUAUAUUUUUUGUUUGGUAUUAGUAUCUAA